AUGACUCGACCACUCUGGUCAUCCGCUCCAGCUCGCCGACUCUCCCAACAACCCUGCCGAUUCCUCUCUUCUCGGCCUGCGGCACGACUCUCUACAUUCUCCGUCGGCGAAGUCACUCCUCUCCGGAAAACAACCCUCGCCUCUACACCGCGAUAUGAACGAUCUAUUUCACAGUCCUUGAUUACGAACUCUCACUUGCGUGCGCCUAUUGCUUCAUUUUCGUCUUCGUCGGUGAGACAGGCUACCAAGGUAGUACAGAACCCGCGCGCGGGAGAAGAUGGGGAAACAUUGAUGGUUGAGAUCUCUCCUCGUGCUGUUGAGCGUCUUCGUGAAAUCACCGACCCAACAUCUUCACCUUCCGCCAUUAAAGAAGAAAACCCCUACCAUCAUCUCCGUAUCACUGUUACCAGUGGCGGUUGUCACGGUUUCCAAUACAUGAUGUCUCUCGAAUCAGCGUCCAAGGUUGACGCGGAGGAAGACACGAUUUUCGAAGGCGAGGCAGAGGGCGCAGCAGCCGAGUCUGCCGGAGAAGCCAAAGUCGUUAUGGACGAACCCUCUUUGGAGCUUCUCUCUGGAAGUACAGUUGAUUAUACGACCGAGCUGAUUGGAAGCCAGUUUAAGAUCGUUGAUAACCCACGGGCAACAAGUAACUGUGGGUGUGGAACGAGUUUCGAUGUGAAUGGUUGA